CACUUGGACUUGGUGUAAACUUAUAAAUUGAACUUUUAUUCUAUUAUUAUGUAAGAUUCCCAAACCAGAAACCAUUUUAGUUAGCAUAGGUACACCUUGUUAACCUUUUGACGAUAACUUUAUAAAAGUUAUCUUCAAAUUCAUGGAAUGUGCACACUUCUAAAUUUCACAUGAAACUUAAAAGACGAUUUCUAUCACGAUCGAGUGAUUCAAUACCGGUAUCAGAGUAAAAUGGAAGUUGACAUAUCAGGUCUACGGAAACAAUGUAGGAGUAAGGAUGAAGCUUUCCUCGAAAAGGACUUAGUAUCCAAAGAGCCGAUCGGGCAAUUCAAGGCUUGGUACGAUGAAGUGUGUGCCGCUAAAGAUGUUCUUAUCCCCGGUGCCAUGUGCCUUGCCACAGCCUCACAGGAAGGAUUUCCAUCUGCUAGAUAUGUCAUAUGCACUAGCUUCAGUAAAGAUGGUUUCAAGUUCUUUACUGACUACAGCAGCAGGAAGUCUAAAGAAAUGGAUAAAAACCCCAACGUAGCGGCCACAUUCUACUGGGCUGCCUGCGACCGAUCCGUCAGAAUCGAAGGUCAAGCAGAGAAGUUACCCGAAGAAGAAUCCACGGUAGCAUUCAAAUGCCGUCCAGUUGACGCUCAGGCGGCUGUAUGGGCUAGCUCGCAGAGUAUUCCGAUUGAAUCGAAGAAAUUAUUAGGCGAGCGACAGAGCGAGUUGAGAGAUAAAAUCCUGGCUGAGAAGGAGGUGUCGAAACCGAGUUACUGGGGAGGAUACAUAAUACGGCCGAGCGCUGUAGAGUUUUGGCAAGCUCAAUCCAACCGUCUUUCUGACAGGAUACGGUUCAGAAGACCAGAAGACGGGGAAACUCCGGAUGGGAAACUACUUCAUGAAGGCGAAGAUGGUUGGGUUUAUGAAAGGCUUUCGCCUUAAUGAAAGAUUUUGGACCUUGAUGGGCGUCUUAAGGUGCAUCCACACCACGCAACAUUCCAACAUCCACAUAACAUUAGUUAACUUACCUACUGUUGCACAGUGUUGCUCCACAGUUGCUCCACAAAAGUAAACUGCGGUGUGGAAGCACCUUUAGACCUCAUUCUGGAAAAUGGUCAACGAUUUCAAGAGCAAUGAAACCUGUCUUGUUAGUUUGCUGUGUUAUGAUUAUUACUAGAUCCGAGGGUCUGGCAGCUGUUCAUUGUUGGAGGUCACAAUCGUUUUAUUUAUUGUAAUGUAUUCUACUUAUUUUAAGUACCUAUGUAUUUGAUUGCUUGUAACGACAUACCAUACCAUAUAAUGCACAUAAAACCUACUUUAUGGUGAAUAAAUGAAAUGAAAUUGACCAUUUUCCGGGGCUAGCCUCUCUUCAAGCCAAAUUAAUGGAGUAUUCCCAUUUGUCUCCACCCCACGUGAGCGCGGCUAUACAUAAAGGGGGUCAAGCGGGAA